AUCAGGUAGCAGCUACACGGUGCUCUGUGUAGCGCAGUGCUGCUAACGCGCAAGACGGUGCAUUGCUUCGAGGACGCAGUCAACGUCAAGCAGUAUUGACUUUCUAAUGAUAAAAUACCUUCAAUAAAACCUCCAAUUUACAGAAUUCUACAGUAAAAAUCAAUCAUGGCGUCAAGCGAUUAUUCUCAGAGCUCCAGUCAGGGAGGGUAUGGUGGAUAUGGAGGUCAGUCCGGUCAGAGCUACAGCCAGCCGGGUUACGGAGGAUACAGCUCGGGUUCGGACAGCAGUCCCAGGCCUUACGGUCACGGAUACGGCUCCGGCUACAGCUCGGGUGGAUACGGUUCCCAGCCGUCCUCACAGUCCUACAGCUCGGGUGGUGUUAACAGCAGCAGCAGCAGUCAGUCUCCUCAGGGCGGAGCAGCGUACAAUCAGCCGUCCUCCUACUCGGCCUACAGCCAGCAGCAGCCGUCGCCUCCUGCCUCAGCUUCAAGCUUCUCCAGCGGCUCUCGGGCAUCAGGCUACGGGCAGCAGAGAGGAGGCGGGUACGGCGGAGUGAGCGCUGGGUACGGCGGGGGUGGAGGCCCGGGUGGAGGAUACGGAGGGAGCGGUGGACACCACCAUUCCUCUCAGAUCGGUGGGAGUGUUUACAGUCAGCCGCCCAGUUACUCCUCCUCCUCCUCUUCCUCCUCCUCUCCUCCUCACAGCUACGGACACGGGUCAGGGUACGGUCAGGAUCCCCCACCCAUGAGUGGGGGCGGAGGGAGUUACGGCGGUCAGGACGAGCGGUACGGACUGGACGGGCGCGGUGGGCGUGGUCCACGUGGAAUGGGAGGCGGUUACGGCGGACGAGGAGGUGGCGGAUUUGAGCGAGGGGGUCGUGGAGGCGCUCGAGGCCGAGGCGGAAUGGGAACGGGCGAUCGCGGAGGAUUCAAUAAGUUUGGUGGACCUCGGGAUCACGGAUCACCUGGAGGCUCCAGCAUGCAGGAGCAGGAUAACUCCGACAACAACACCAUCUUUGUGCAAGGCCUGGGAGACGACUACACCGUGGAGUCUGUAGCGGACUUCUUCAAACAGAUCGGCAUCAUCAAGCUGAAUAAGAAGACAGGCUUGCCCAUGAUAAACCUGUACACGGACAGAGAGACGGGGAAGCUGAAAGGAGAGGCCACCGUGUCCUUCGACGACCCUCCUUCUGCUAAAGCCGCCAUCGACUGGUUUGAUGGUAAGGAUUUUAACGGCAGCCCCAUUAAGGUAUCCUUUGCCACUCGCCGAGCGGACUUCGGGCGAGGAGGAGGAGGAGGAGGAGGAGGAGGAGGAGUCAUGAGGGGAGGACGUGGACGAGGAGGUCCGAUGGGAAGAGGUGGGUUUGGAGGAGGUAGAGUUGGAGGAGGAGGAGGAGGAGGAGGAAGUGGUGGUGGUGGUUUCCCUGGUAACGGUGGAGGCAGCGGAGGCCAGCAAAGAGCAGGAGACUGGAAAUGUUCAAACCCGUCGUGUGGGAAUAUGAACUUCUCAUGGCGUAACGAAUGUAAUCAGUGUAAAGCUCCAAAAUCUGAACGUGGAGGAGAUGGUGGUGGAGGGAUGCCCCCUAUGGGAGGUGGGUUUGGUGGAGAGCGUGAGCGUGGAAGGGGCGGGUUUGAUCGCGGUGGGUUCCGCGGCCAUGGAGGAGACCGAGGAGGAUACGGUGCCGGCGCCGGCCCCGGCAAGAUGGACUCACGGAGCGAUCACAGACACGAGCGCAGAGAGCGGCCAUACUGACGCGCUGCGUUCUCACUCCGACCUGGGACCAGAAUCACGGUUCUUGCAUCCUGUUUAAACCCUGUUAGUUUUUACCUGCAGAGACAGCUGUUCUGACAUCUGGGCUCUUCCUUAUCUCAUACUCCUACACCUGUCACAUAACACAGCCGAAGCUUUGGAGAUGAAUAAAUCUAAUCUCGCCUGAACAAGGCUUUAUACUCGGACUUUCUUUCUUGCAUUAAAUUUGAGAUUUCUGCUUAGCGUUUGAACCGAACCGAACCGGGUCCGAGCUUCACCUGUAAAGGAUUUUACUGUUCUGCAUUGUUUGAAACAUUUAUUUUCUCUCGGACGUGUAUUGAUCUAUUUAACGUAAGUUAUUUGCGUAGUGUUUACGGUUUAGUCGCGGCAUUUGAGAUUUCGUUCCGUCACUGCAGCGAUCCGGGACGUGAGAGAGGCGUACGCUUCCGUCAGCGCUUCCUUUUCCCGUCGCUGCACUGCCACUUUAUCUACGUGAACUCUGACCUGUGAGAAAUCCAAACUCGCGCCGCCUGAUUUUGAAUUUUCCGGCGACGAAUCACAUGACUCGGCACAGGUAUAUUUAUUACACACUUGAAAAAAGAAUCCGGAUCUGAGCGGAGGAAUAAAAAUCAGUUUUUGUUUUUAUAGAAAUGUUUUAUAAAGUGGGAGCGCGGCGUGAUGCUGCUGCGCGUCACACUCUAAUAUCUUCCUCCUGUAGACUGGACUUCAUUUUCAUUUGAAAUAAAAUUCACAUAAAUUAAGGAUUUUGUGUUGCUGUUUGAACCAGUUACUGAGUUUUGUUUCCGUUUGAUGUCAGUAAUAAAAGUGUAAAAACUG